CAUCUUCAUAACAACCAAGCAAGAAUAUAGCAGAGAAGCAGCUGAAGGACUUGCAAGUAGACUACGUGAACCUGUAUCUGAUACAUCAUCCAGUUGGGUUCAAACCUGAUGUAACAAAUGUCACUGGUCCCGAUGAUCUAGACAUGACAACUGACUUGGUUGCGUUGUGGAAGGAGAUGGAGAACAUGGUGGAUGCUGGACUGACAAAGUACAUAGGACUAUCCAACUUCAAUGUGAAACAGAUAAGCAGGAUACUGCAGAAUGCCCGUAUUAAACCCUCCAACCUCCAGAUAGAGCUUUACCUUUACCAGCAGUCAAAAGAACUGCAGGAGUUGUGCAGAAAGCAUGGCAUCACCAUCACGUCAUACUCCACCUUAGGCUCUAUGGGAAUCACUAGUGCGGGGCUGCCUGAAGGACUUAUUCAAGGAUCUUGGGACAACCCUCUAAAGGAUUCUGAUGUGCUCGCGAUCGCCAAGAAUCACAACAAGACAGCUGCCCAGGUGCUGUUACGUCACAUGAUACAGCUGGGCAUCGCUAUUGUGCCAAAGAGCUCCAACCUGGACCGUCUGAAGGAGAACUUUGAUAUCUUCGACUUCGAGCUGAGUAAGGCGGAGAUGUCUAAGCUUGAUCUGUUGGAUCGAGGGGAGGAAGGUAGAAGAUUUGUAGUGGAGGUGAUCAGCCAUCAUCCUGAAUAUCCGUAUGAAAAGAAGAAUUGACUUUACUGCAGCUGCAAAACGGAGGAAAAUUGAAAAUCACAAUCCAGAACUUGGAACAACCCACCGAAGGACUUGGUACUCCUAAUCUGAAGAUUCGCAGUAAGACUGCUGCGUUGGUUGAAGUUUACUAUGUUGCAGUAUUAGUUGGUGUAAUUCAGUGUAAAAUUAAAUUUGAAUUUCGAUAUAACA